AUGUCUUCCGAUGGGAUAAGCGUCUUCUUGGAGCGAUUCAGGUCAAGCGGUGCCUACAAGGUGGUACGGCCUACCAAACUCGUUGAUGAAUCCGGAGUGACCCUAUCACCAUCACGUGAUUCCACCCCCAGCGACAUUCAGCAACUGCCACCUCUCUCUCUUUCUCUCUCGGGCAUGACUCAACGCACUCCACGGCCUCGUGUCCGGCUGCCGCCGCCGCCGCCGCCACCACCACCAUCAAAAGGGCUUAAUCUGAGGCAGCAGUGUUUAUGCGUGCCCACAAGGAACAGAUGCCUGAACAGGAGUCCGUCUUUUUGGUCUGCUGUUUUUGAAGGUGAGUGUUCCUUACGGUCGGGUUGCUGGAGGAGGCCGUGGCUUCGUUUCCCAGAAUGCUCGACGAGUUAGCAGCGGUGAAGUCACAAACUGGUUGGUAACGCUGCUUGGGCACAGUUUUGACUUACAGUGAGCUGCCCGAAGCUCCACCUUUAACUGCCAGUAAAAUAAUAACUGGAUUGUGACGAGCGGCGUGAAGGGGCAUUUAUAAAUCAAAUCCUCUUCCCCUAUUCAAGUCACCGAAUUAUGCCUGAAAAAGAAACAACUUUCCAAAGCUGUGCACGCUUGGGCCACGUCUCGUAAAACAGCAAAACAACGAUAACUUUCAUAAAGGGGAAUGUCAGAGGCUGGUCGACAAGUGUCGAGGAAACUGAGAUGCUGGCUGUUUCAGGCAUCAUUUAUGCUGAGACACCAACUGGGACGAUCUGUGCCCUUGCAAGACAGACUAACCUGUUCUGUGAAGCCCGGGAGAAUCCGUUUUCCCGUUAGAAGGGCGCGAAAGCGUGACAGGCGCGCGUACUAGUGGAAGUGUCCAUCAGCCAGGUUGUCCAGUGUCGACAUCCGUGAUUGGUCGAUGCACAUGAAUUCACCCCUGCCUUCACGCGCGCUAGGUGGCGCCGGUGAGGGCGGCACGAGCUCACGAAAUCGUUCGUCAUGACGUGGCCGCUAGGACGGAGGACCGGGAGCACGAGACAUAAGCAUGAGCGUGAGACAUGUCCGGUUUCGGGCACUCGCUAUAGACGAAAGUUCCGACGAUGGUGGCGGCGGCGGCGGCGGCGGCGGCACGGAGUACGGGUGACACAAGAUGACGAAAUCAUUCGUCAGGACCACAUGAGAGGACGAACUGGAACACAAGCUUGACACCGUGAUUUUACUCUGUCAACUGGUCAGCUCUUAUGCAGACUAAAAGCGACCAGAAAAUUGUUCUCAGUAGAGGAGGGUUGAGACUCUACAAGGUUGACUAAACGCACGGAAAACGUACCCAAUUUGUAAACAAAAGGAGCUAGUAAUUCUAUCUUUGGGAAGACGAAAUAUGAGAGAAAGAUUGGACGCAUGUAGUUGGUGAGGUCGAAUAAAAGUGCAUUCCUGCGUCAGGUGGCAGAUCGGAUAGUUGGACUGCUCCGAGUGACAAGUUCAACCACCCCCUCAAAAGAUGAGCACAGUCGUGACUUGCGCUAAAUUUACCGCACUCCCUCCUUCCACAACCACCGUGUUCCGAUGAUGAGACGAGGUCUAGGCGACCUGCGGUGAGCGUAGGCGCAGUGGUUGAAAAGUUCAGCAGACCUUCAUGCCUGCCGCAUAUGAACUGGUCCAUAACGCCACAACUGCCAGGCUUCAUUCAGGGGUCCUAGCUCUCACAUACUUGGCAGUGCCAUAAAGGUCAUAUAGUGAAGGAUCCAGUGCAAAUUGACCCUCAAUCCUGAGUUAAACCCAUUUAUCUCGUGGGUUAGCCAUCUGUCAGGCCCCAACUAAUAAUAAGUAGUACUAAAGCCUUCCUCUUACUGCGUGAGUUCGAAUCCCACCGAGGCGCCGAGUUUUUCACAGUUGGAUCAAUAUGAAUUAUUCAAAAUCUGCCAAAAUAUCUAUGAAUUACGUGAGCCUGGUAGUCAUCUGGUGGAUGCUAGGUGAAUUACUUAGGAAAUCCUUCUUGGACAGUCAUCUUACUGUAUCAGAUUUGGUGGAUUCCAGACGUUGCAGUAGGUUGGGCGGGUAUCUUGACCCCAAUGUGGUUGAACUUGCGUCGUCCGGCGGGGUCUCGUAGCUCAAGUGAUUAGAGCGUUGGCUGUACUAAAGCCGUCCCCUUACUGCGUGAGUUCGAAUCUCACCGAGGACAGGACUUUAACCUGUAUGAUAGGCUGAGCCGCGCCAGACUUACUGUGGUGAGAAAUGCGCUGAUUUUCCGUGAGGAUGAAUCCCACAUUAAUAUCGACCUCGCUCGCUAUUGUCUCGCCCAUGCACUGAUUUGCUGUCCGAGCCUGCUGACCAGUUGGUGAUGAGGCUAGGCUGGGUGUCCGACGCGGCGUGUCACGCGCAGGUCCGACAGUAGUUAGUUACGGCAGUGCUGCUGACUGCAAUGUGCCAAUGUAUCCCUGGCUUUUGUCUGUAAGAGUGUAGCGAGUUGACAGCUCGAGAUUCCCAAAUAAAAAGUCAAGGAAGACAAAAUUUGGACAGCCAUCACAGUGGUUUUCAGUCCGCGCGUCGAUUUUUACGAUGUCCACCGUGUGCUCCACAGCAGGGUGAAAGCGGGCACGGCCACGAUCGCGUGAAUUAGUUUAUAAUAGGAGUGGACUUGCGCUGCAUCUACCGCACUCUCUUCUCCUCCCCACCUGGGCCCGGUGUCAACAGGGAGUCAACAAGACUGCAGGUGACUGGCACGAAGAAACUCGCACCUGGGCGCACCACCGCACCCCCUGCCAACAACAAACACUUCUCGUGACCCCAAACCAUUACUCAAACUCCGUUAUUUCUGAAAAUUUGCUUUCUGCCUACUUUUUAAUGAACGCGCUCAUUUCCGUUGCAAUACGAAAGCGUACGAUAAGACUUUCUGCAAAAAAUGCAAAUAACCUCUGUGUUUUCUUGCAUUUCGUCAGUCCACUCUCUAGCGUGCUGGUCCACCCACGAAACCCCCUUUAUCGCCAUUCCCUUAUGACACGAUGCACCCUACCGCCGUCUCCCGUCGUGUCGUCAGUAUAUAUUCCCAAUCGCAACCGACAAGACAAGGUGCCCGUGAUUUAAUUAUAGGACCCUUAAUCGGAGAUUCUCGCGUAGGGAUGCGAUACAACUGCAUGGUCUUAGAAUUAACAAUAUCCCAUGACCAAAUAAUCUGAGAUCGAAUCCCAAGCCCUGCAAAUAUAGAAUUGAGUAUGGCAGCCCGAUGACGGCUAAUGGACCUUGUCUUUGUCGAUACGCUUUUCUGCAUGAUUAUCAUUUGCUAUGCUAACGUCUGCGGGGGUUCUAGAUUGAGCCCCAAGGCGCAACGGGACGAGUACAUCCCAGGACCUGGCCGGCGGACACACUCCUGACGACAGUCAAAGAAGAUCUUGCCGUGAAAAUUACAACGCCUAUUUAAAAUUAUCUUCUUGAAGGCAACUUUGAUAGUGGAGGUAAAAACGACCUCCGAAAUUCUAAAAGGACAUUGGGCCAAACGAUUGCCUCCUCCUCCUCCUCCUCCUCCUCCUCCUCCUCCUCCUCCCCACCUCUAUCCAUGUUAACAUUUUCACUAUCGUUAUUAUUAGUUUUGUUAUUCUGUGUCAUUCCCUAAAAACGUCAGUGGCUCGAGUGCCUUCAUUUCGAGCGAGGAUUUCACACCGCAAGAUAUAGGGGCCAGGCGCCUAAAUAAGAUUAAAGGAAUCCAACAGUGAACUGGCAGCGAGAACUUUGUGGUAUUCUACAUGGAGGUCACAAAUUCCCGAAAGCCCCAGCCUGCCUAGCACCCUGAUUGACGGACACACAGCCAGGCAACGGAUGGCAGAAAACGAAGGCACACUUUUUGGAGCCGAACUGCAAAGUACGGAGUCUCGCACUUGAAAAAAAGAGCUAUCGUGACUCACCAAAGACGGUUCGACGUGGGUUGGACUCCGUUGCGUGAUUGCCACCGUCCCAGAUAUCGCCCGGCUGUAGAGCACGCUGUGUGCCUCGUCUGAAACGAUGGUCUAACUGUUAUACUGAGAGCUCUUCCACGGUAUUCAGACUGCGAUAGCCAGCAUUACACAUGCUUGCCGCGAGCUGUGAUAUACGACGUCGGAGAUAAGUUUAAAGGUCAUUAUGCUGGAUUCGUGGCUACCCGAGUUAAAAAAAGUAGCAAGUUUAACAUAUUAACAGCACAGGUACUAGCCAAAAGCCCAUACACGCGUGUUUCGCCUAUAUUCCGCCGCUGCACGGCGCAUCUGCGAGGGGUUCGGCUCUUCAGUGGGUUCCCCCACGCGGUCACCCGCUUUGGCGGAUGGAUUUCGGCCCAAAUAUUCAUACAUAAACUUCUCGGUCUGAGAAUAUACACCUUGAAUAAACUUAUCUACUCCAAGUUCGUAGAUAAUUUCAGAGGAUAGUAAAAAGCGACAGCAGCAAGUUUUACAAAAACUAUGAUAUAUUGCGUGCUUUCUGAUGUGUGGGUCUGCAAAGGCUCCAAAUCCACAGCCACAUCAGAACCCACAACAUCUGAAUUAUAGAAGUCAAGCAUAAAUUUUGGCUGGCAAGUAAACGUGCCCGACAACUUCGUUUUAUCUCUACACACUCAUUUGUCCUCUGGCCACAUUUUCACCCCCUUUUCGUUAGCCUACUUGUUCCAAGCUCUAGUUUAUUGCUGAAGAAGUCCGGAAAGCUGAGUAAUUUUGCCAGCCAACGUCCUCCUGUUCGCCUGCGAGUGGAAAAUAACCGUCCUGGAAGCAGUUUGCUUGAUGAGUCAUUCCCGCGCGGAGAAGAGUGAUUUACGCAUUCGGCAGGGAGCGCCACUGGGAACAAAAUGCGCAGUACUGAUUGUAACGACGGGACUUCAAGGUCGUCUCAUGAAUACAGCACAGGAGAGUCUACGUACCCUGUUGGCAGCACAGCUAAACGACCUUGGAGUUCAAUCGCUUCCGCUGCCUUCCGAAGCCAUGUUUAAAUACGUGUAGGGAGAGGACGCCUUUCCAGUCAGCCCACGAAUACCGAAGGCUAGCCGGGGUAGAAAAAAAUCCGAUGGGCAAGGUCGAAAACGCAAUGAAAGCUAUAGAGGUAAACAUGAAAAAUGCGUACCCACUAAAUUUGCCGGCGAACGUAUUUUGAACGUUUUUUUGGCGUGUAAUUCUGGUGAGCCAGUACAGUGUAGGUCUACGUACUUUUCCAUUUAUGUUUUCGCUUUCCCUUAUACGCCUUAACUUCUCAACACCCGUAUUUGAAUGUGCUAGAAUACUCAGAUGCACUUUGUCGUGCGUGGAUUCAUCCGAAUAGCUAGCAUUAUUAACGGGCUUAGCUUGGAACUUUCUGGAAUUACACGGAGGAGCUUUGCUUUAUAUAACGACUUAGCACCUGAGAGGACUUUACUUUUAAGGAGUUUGUACAACAAUUUACGUUCAUCUUUUUUCCCAUUCGUUUAUCUCUGUCAUUAUUCGUAGGUUAAACGCCACAUAACUCCAUUUGCAGCUAAGCUUUUGUUGCUUAGAAUAUCUCUGUGGAUUUAAUCAUUGUUUACACUUCAACAGUAACAAAACAGGGACAGGGGAUCUGAAUGCUGUGAGCUAUAAUUUACGUGUCUGUUUCUUUUCCCGCAAGGUGGUGAAAGGGGAGAAUAUAACAAUAUAACAUGAGGAAUGGAAUCGACAAAUGCGUCUAGAAACGGAGAAAAUACAGCCACACGAGCCCCGGAACAAUCGGAUGAAUUUUUUGAGCAUAAGAACCGACUCAAAUGGGAGGACUCGAAUGCCUUACCCGCGGCGAACUUGCGCGUAUUCCCGGCAAACUCUCUCUUCCCUACUGUUGGGAGCAAAGACCGACGGCCGUUAUCGGCCACACCGAAGUUUAUUUAUUAAUUUACAUGCUUCUGUGGGGCGGGAUACAUUGGAUGCAAAAUGAGGCGUCAGGAAAAGAGGGUACUCGAACACGUCUGUCUGGUUGAGGGGAAAAUCGAUCGAUCUCAAGUUCGGUUCUCGCACACCUAAUCGACACGAACCACCAGUUUGACGCAGAGAAGUCCUUCAAGUCAUCUAUCGGGCGCCAGCACGCAACAACCGAGGCAGUGGCUAUUCGGUUAGCGAAUCCAAGGUUCUCUUCUCAGAAGACGUUGAGAUACAGUCUGUCUUCCCUGACCGGCUCCAGGUUGUGAUCGCACGCCGCCCGAACGCCCUGAAGACAGUCACGCGCGCUCCGUGACAGACAGCACUCACACCCUACCUCCGAAACCUCCCUCCCUCUCUCCCCUCCCUCCCCCUGCCCAGCUCCAACGUUCUCAACACGCUGACUUCGUCAUGCAGGCGUGGGAACAGAGUAUGACUAGCCCUGAACCUCCCCCCCCCCCCGGAACAUAAAUCCCGUCCGUAGCUCAAAAGUUCAUCACCCAUGUAAUUGUAGUGGCCCGAUUAUGAAUCACAAAAUCUUCAUCAGGCCAAAACAGUUACUUAGACGUUGAAAAUAUGCGGACUUCACAGGGUUUAUAAGUGACUCAGGGGCUAUUAAUGCUCAUCGUUCCCACGCUACCUGCAUGGCGAGGUCGGUGUGUUAUGGUCAUUGGGUCAAGGGGGUGUGGGGGAGGGGUGACAGAGGCUGUGAGUGAUGUUUGUAUGUCGGGUACCUUGAGCACACGCCACUGUCAUCAGGAGGUUGGGGCGACGUUGGGGUCGGCGUUGGCCACGGAAGACAGAGCACCUGCGUCAACGUAUUCUGACAACAUAGCACUGGAUUGGCUAGCCGUAUAGCCACUGCCUCGGCUGUAGCUAGCACCCGUUGGUGUAGACCUCUGAAGAAGCUUGCUGGUGUCCGGUAGACAACCGCGGUUGUCAUCAUCCCGAGGGAGAUGAUAGAAGCGAACAGGCGAGUUCCAGGAAGCAGUUCAGAAGAUAAAGAUGCGAUCACUGGAACAAGAAAUUUAUUGGCCUGACGUUUCGGAUUCUCACUCGAAUCCAUCAUCAGAGGCAUUCGCAGUUAAAGGUGGUGGUGGCACAAAGAGUGCAGUAUUAAUAGCGCGUGGCUGCCGUGGGACCAUAUGCGACACUGUAAUUAACAGCUCUCGCAAUCACCGCUGGGGUCGUAGUUGAUGCGGUGGUGGUUUGUCAGUCCGAGUCCGAAUCGUUAAUGGCCGUGAUUUCGUCAUCCGUGCUGGGUGCUGGUGUGACGAUGGCUCGGUAAAUUAGCUCACUGUCACUGUGAUUAUUGCUCGCCCGCGCCCUCCCCACGUGACUGAUUCCCCUGCCCAGGGAAAAUCUCAGCACGGAAUAUGGUACCGGUAGGUCAUUGUGAUUGUUGAUGGAUUGCGGCCUUGAGAACCAUGACUUGAGCAGCUCGCGGCUCACGCAGUUGUCACCCCUUGCGAGGAUUUCGGCCUCUUGAAAUUUGAAAAUAUGGCCGGGUCCCGUCGAGUGUGCCGCCACCUGAGAGCUAGCGUCUCCCCGCCUCACUGCUGCUUCGUGCUCGGCAAUUCAUGUACGGAGUAAUCUCCCAGUUUCUCCGACGUAGUUGCUUUGUCCGCAACUACACCAGAUCCGGUAAACGACUCCAGACGUUUCCUGCCGUGGCAGCGGGUCUUUUAGCCUCAUGACUUGGCGCCUAAUGGUAGCUUCCAGCCUGUGUGCAACCCCAAUUCCAAGUGGAGCGAGAAGACCACUGACGGCUCCCGAGACGUUCUUAACGUACGGAAGAGCCCGCCAAAAUUUGGGGUCGGUUGGAUUUGGUCUCUGAUGUCCUUUUCGUAUGCACUGGUUGACAAAGUUGCGCGGGUAACCACUGGCUCUCAUUACCCGUCGAAGAUAUUGUAGUUCCGCAACCUUGUCUUUCAUUUCACUGCAGUGCGUCUCAACGCGCGGAUAUAGCGCCCUUACGCAACUGCGUUUGUGACCGAUCGGGUGAUUGCUAUUGAAGUUCAGUAUUUGCGUCGUAUUUGUCGCUUUCCUGAACACUUUGGUUUUUAGGUCAUCACAAUCUUUACGGCAGACGAGGACAUCCAGGAAGGCCAGCUAGUUAUUUUCCUCCUCCUCCAUCGUAAAUUGAAUGUCCGGGAAGACGGCGUUGAUAUGUUCUUUAAAUGUCAGCACCUGGUCCCGUUGGAUGACGACGAAGCUGUCAUCCACAUACCAAGCCAGAAUUUCGGUCUGUGCUGUCGGAAAACCAGCGACUCCAGCCGUUGUAGGACCGCCUCGGCUAUGAGUCCCGAAAUCGGCGAACCCAUUGGCGUUCCCUUCACCUGCUCGUAG